AUGAAGAGGGCGGAGAUCCUUGUGAACUUCAUGAAAGGACGUACGUGUCUGCACGACCUUUUCAAGGUCAAGGAGAGAGAAUGGUCGGGCCUCGACGUGAGCGACUUCCGGAACGACACCACGACCAACCCCUUCCUGUGUGCCGAACUCCUGUUUUGCCCAGAUCCGUGCUACGGCCGCAAGUCGGAAGGGUCAGUGGCCACAAGAAAAGAUCAGCUGAAUGACCCUGGAAACCCCUGUCGGAAGCUCAAAGAGCCAACGUGUAAGUGGAUCCAUGACAGAAAUCUGAACUUUGACGCUCUUCAAAGGAAUCGAUUCAAUAUUAGCUGCAAUUGCCAAGCAGAGAAGCCAGGUUUUGAGUGGAACUCGAGAUUUCACCUUUGUGUUGAUCGCGACGAGUGUCGAGACAAAGUCGUGACGUGCACCCACGGCAAGCUGUGCCAGAAUCUGGCCGGCAGUUACGCAUGCACGUGCAGGAGGGGUCACCGCUUCGACCAGCGCAGAGCCAAGUGUGUGGAGCACGUGCCUCUGCCCGCUCACACGUACUCACGGCCGAGAACUGUGAAGGCAAAGAAGCACAACUCGAUGCUGGUGGUUCUCGUGGCCUAG